AUGCCGCAGGAGCUACUCCGCGAAGUGGUGGGGCACUUGGUAACAGAGCCAAACGCUCUCCGACUGCUCAAGCGGUUAUCGCUUGUCCAUCGCGCCUUCACUCCCAUUUGCCAGACUUACAUUUUCGAAGACCUCCGCCUCUCUGGGUUCAAAGAGAAUAUCCAAUCCCAGCUCAGGCGAAAGCACAAGAUAUUGCACCUCAAACCAGAGUGCACUGAUCUUGUGAAACUCGUCGUCUUGCGGUAUAUAGAAGGCCGUGACCCGUCCUGGCUCUUCGAGGAUUCUAGGUUUCUCGACAUAUUUAAGAGUCUGUCAGAGUCCAAGCGGCGCCCCAGUAGCCUCGAGCUCUACACCAUCUGUCCCCAUCCGUCCCCAGAGAAUGCCAUCGGACUAUGUUGGGAACGAAUCACCAAUUUCUUCGCGUCGGCAUCCCUCACCAAUCUGACCCUCUGGAAUUGCAAAGGGGUUCCCCUCAAGCUGAUUGCGGCAUGUCCGAAUCUUCGAUCACUCGACCUCUUCCGCACCUCUCCCGAACCUUCGCGGACGGAGGACCUUCUCCACCUACAACCCGAUACCGCUCAACCGAAGCUCGUCAAACUGGUUUACAAUCAGACGAACGGAUUACUCAAGAACCUCCUGGGACCUUCACCCGAUACGCCCAGUAUCCUGGACUUGAGCGAUCUUCGAGUCAUUGAGACUUGUCCGAUGGCAAAAGACGAGAUGGAUCUGAUUCCAGAAAUCCUUCGUCGUUCUCGCGCCUCGGUCGAGGUGGUGCAGUGCAUCAAAUCCCUAGCGCCAGACCACGAACAAGAUAGGUACUUGCCCUUGUCAACAUAUUUGAGUUUCCACGACACCCCGCUUCUUCGGAACGUGGAGCUCGUUGCAGAGAUAGUGGACACCGAUGCCAACGCCUCAAUUGUCAUUGCAGACAUCUGCAGCGUUUUGCAGACGAUACCAUCCGCAAGCAAGGUGCAUAGGAUCAAGCUCGCGGUUUUGGUCCGUGGCGAAAAACCUUUCACCCACGGCCUAAACCAGGAAUGGCGUCGACUGGGUGACCAAAUCGCCCGGAUCUCAUCUGAAGACCGCCUCGUGUUCGAGCUCAAUGUUAAGGCCUGCAGAGUCAGAGGAUUUCUAUCGCGCGCUGACCAUGCACCGCUGUACGAGCACGUCAGGAACGAGCUCGCAAAUCUCAAUUCUCUCCCUCACAUCAUGAUGGAGUUCACAAACCCACUCAACGCGGAGCCCGACUGGGAGUGCGACAGCGACUCUGGAAGCGACAUUACGUCCAGCUCGGACACCUAUUCGGACAGUGGCGAUCCUUGGACAGAUGAAAGCGAUUUCGGGGAAAGGGGGAGCUAUACUGGCGGGGAGAGUUCGGAUUCGGAAGACUCCUACGACAGCGGUGAAGUCUAUUUGGACGAGGAGGGCAGUAGCUUCGGUAGCUUGGACGAGGAGGACUCUGAUGGUGGUGCGGAGAGGUCUGGGAAUGAGGAUACAGGAACGGAAGUUUGA